CCCACAUCCCCGUCAAUGCCUCCCAAACUCCGCGGCGCGCUCUCCAAGAGCCUGCUGCGCGCCAAGGACUCUGCGGCCGUCUUCUACUGCCCGUCCUGCGCCACCUGGCGACGCUCCCUCUCCACGCGUCCGAACCCUUCUCUCGCCGAAUCCCGACUGCCCUGGGCCGCUUCCCAGCGCGCCAUCGCGACCUCCCCCGUCGUCCAUGCACGACACGUCCCUCCCCGACUGAAGGAGCUUCACGAAGCUUUGAACCAGGUCAAGGAUGUCGCCACAGAGCAGGUCAAUCUGAGUCGGCUGCAGCUUGCGUUGCGAGGGUUGGAGUCGGAGACGCCUUUGAUCCGGGUUGCUGUGCUGGGGCUGAAUGACGCGACAGCGGCGCGCAGGCUCGUCCGGUUGUUACUGGCUGAUCCGUUGAAUGCGCGGGAGGGCUGGGAAGAUGCGCUGGAUGCUUAUGGCGAGGAUACGGAGAGGGGAUUGCUGAUUCGGUACGGCGAGGUAUCCGAAACCAUCCCGAACAACCUUCUCCCUACGAUCUCGGUCCCUGCGCCUAUCCUGAAGAAGGGAAACCUGGAAAUCUUGGUCACCAGUCUUGGGGCCGAGCCGGGUUCUUCAAACGCCCAGUUCACUGCAGACACGUUCCUAGUGCCCACCGUCACCAUCCGCACAUCACAUUCUGGACGGCAUAACAUGGUGCGGUAUCCGGUGCACCGGACUAUCGUGUGCGGCAGUGGUGUCGACGGCUUUCUCGCGUACAGCGGUUUGAUGGCGCGAUCGGAUUUGAAGAAGGAGGCUGGAUCGGUCUACGGGGCUAUCGAGCUGGCGGUCACGGAGCCGCAGAAGUACAACGGACGGGUCGCUUUCGUGGACAUCGAUAAGGCUGACGAGGCGUUGUCCAAGUUCCGGGAAUCAGUGCAGAAUGCGUCUCUCUACGAACGGGGCUGGAACAGUAGCGGUGUGCAGCCCGUUGUGGAUUGGCUGGCGUCGCUGCGGGCGGACGAAGGGACGCUGGAUCCGUCCUUGAGGACGCUGAUCACGUCUCUGCUUGACGCGGCAGAUGCCGGUGCUGCUGCCGUCGAAGCCAGGAAGAUCCAGGAGCAAGAGUCCGGCUUGGUGCCCUGGGAGGUUCGUGACGGUCUCGACCGGUCCGUGUCCGAGUGGGCGGAGAGAGCACACACCGAGCUCCGCGGCUCGCUGGAUGAAGGUUUCGCCAGCAAGCAAUGGAGAGGACUGGCAUGGUGGAAGCUAUUCUGGCGCGUGGAUGACGUGGGCAUGAUCACGUCGGAGAUCCUGGACCGCAAAUUCUUGCGCAAGGCCGAGAAGGAGGUGAUUUGGACUGCCGGCCGGUUCCAGCAGGCCGGCCUGACCGACGAGAAAACACCUGCCACGGACGAUGCCUGGCCUACGCAAAUCCCGGCAAGCCGUGCCCGGCUCACGGAGACGACGGUGCCGUCACUGCAGGCAUUGGCGCAACGACUCGUCCUGUUCAGCAUGUCCACGACCACGCUGACCUCUGCGCUGUCCGCGCUGACAUACGUCUCGCUGCCCUCGGCCACCGUCUACGAAACCUGCACCGUGGUUGCCAUCGGCCUGAUCUACUCCCUGCGCAGCCAACAGCGGAAGUGGGACUCCGCGCGGACCUGGUGGGAGGCGGAAGUGCGCGAGGACGGGCGGACAGCCCUGCUGGAGACGGAGGCGCAGCUGCACGAGAUGGCCCGACAAGGCGGCCGGCGGGUCGAGGAUGUCUCCGCCGAGAAGGAAGCCAGAGAAACCAUCGACCGGGCCCGGAAAGCUCUCGAGGAGCUGCAAUAGCCUGACCAUAUACCAAGUAGCUAUGACUGACUGUACAAUACAACACAU